UUCUCCAGCAGACCGGGUUUUUUUAAACUUUCAUCGACAAACACGAACAUUCUGUGGCUUUUGAAAGAGUUCUAUAGCUGAUUAUUUCCUUAAAAUUUUAACUUAAACCUGUUCACCUAAGAAUUUGGAUAACGGUUAAAAAUGUCUGGAAAAAAUAAGAGUCGGAGUACGACAAAUGCAAACGCGGUAUCUGGCAGCAUAUCUUGUGAUGAGCGCAUUUUACGGGAUUGCCAUGAGAUGUACACAGAUACGAGCAGUGGCUCUGUAGGGCUGAUCACAAUAGCCGAGUCCGUCGGAGUGACACUACUGCCACCCCGGAAAAAGAUUACUGUCAUGCUGAUGGGAAACCACUCGGCUGGAAAGAGCUCCUUUAUCAACUGGUAUGUGGAAGAGCACAUCCAAAAGACUGGAGUUGCCAUAGAGACACAGGGCUUUACUUUUGUUACGAGUGGACGCAAGAGAGAGUCACUUACGGGUAAUGCAACCCUCCACCUGUAUCCCCAUUUUAAGCCACUUCAGGAAUUUAAAGGUGUGUCUGAGUAUCUUGGCACCGAGAUUUGCACUUCUCGACAGAAACGUUUCAGCUUGGUGACAUUUGUGGACACGCCAGGACUGGUGGACGGAGACAUGAAGUACCCCUUUGAUGUGGAUGAUGCCAUCCUUUGGCUAGGAAAACUCUGUGAUUUGGUUCUCGUCUUCUUUGACCCUAUGGGUCAAGCUCUGUGUAAACGCACCCUCAACAUCGUGGAGAAGCUUAACGAGACUCAGGGUGAUCGCCUGCGUUUCUACCUCAGCAAAGCCGAUGAGGCCGGCGGAGAGUCUGAUAGACAGCGUGUAAUGAUGCAGAUCGUCCAGGAGUUGUGUAAACGUCCAGGGCUUAACAAGUGCGGUUUUGACAUGCCAACCAUCUACGUCCCCAAUACCAAUAAGCCCAGUCGAUGUGUCAAUCAGAUAGAGGAAGUGUGUCGCACCAUAGAGAAGACCAUCAACCAGACGGUGCAGCACACGCUCAAUGCCCUAGAGAAAGACUGUGAGGUCAUCUCUGAUGCAAUCACUGACACUCUCAGUAGGGACCGCCGGUGCAGCGUGGAGAACCGACGAGCCCGCUGUAAGGGCUGUGCUCUGGGGCUGCUCGGAUUUGCCACGCCCCUCCUGCUGCUCUUUACCCUGGUUCUUGGGAGCGUCUCCAGGGAGAUGCUUGACCUGGUGCUGGGUGCAAAUGGCACAGAAACACUUGCGCUGUACCUGUCUCCAGUAGUGAAUGCGUUCCAGUCCAUGUCCGGGGAAGUGCAGCUCUAUAUUUUUGGUGGACUUGCGCUGUUCUCCUUCAUCCUUAUCAUCCUCGCACGCUUCUCUUCCCGCACUCAGUAUACCCUUUCAGGGAAACAAAAGAGGCAGCUGCAGGAAAAACUGGAGUAUGUACAGGAAGUGGUGAAGACCCAAAAGAAGAAGCUCUAUGAGGAGUACCUCCGGCAGAGUGUUGGCGAUCAGGAUAUGAACUAGGAGCAGAUUUGGAUGGAAUGCCUGAUGGAUGGUGUGAACAGAAGGAACAUGAAGGAAAUGACCACAGCACCGCUAAACUUUCCUGCACUUCAGAAGACCACUAAUAACGCAGACUGUAGCUUGUCAGGGCUGACGCCCAGAUGCCAUAACAUACCAGCUCAUUUCACCUAUUAGGGGAAGAAAUUACCGUAGCUAGUUUUUGUAUGUGGUGUUUUUCUUCCUCAGUAAUGCCAGCACAUGUUAAGGCUGUUAUUACUGUAUGCACUUAACCCAUCCCAACCAAGACAUGCACUGUAGAAGCUCCUAGAGACUGUGUACUGGUAUGUGUACUGUCUGCUCCACGUUUGCUGCCAGAUGUGCUGUAAAGUUGUAAAAAAAAAAAAGAGACCCCAUGAUGUUUUUGGACCACAAGUUCUGUAUGGUCAUGUUUUGAGCAUUAAUACAGAUAAUUUCAAGGUUAUUUCUACAGUGUGCUGAAACGUGUAUGUGUGCCUCAAGUAUGUUUUAACACAAGGAAAUAUGUUUCCUGUAUGACUUCCAAGUCACUUCUGAUGCCCAGAGCUUUGCAGAGAUGUCAUCUGGUUUUACUGAGCGUAACCUUUUUGUAUGCAGUUGUUUCACUUUUAGUCGUCUCAUUGUAGUUAACAUAAAUUGUAAUAAAUUAACAAGUCUUGCAUCGUU